AUGGUUCCGAGGAAGCGGGCCUUUCACCCCCGAAAAAGAACGGGUUGCAUUACUUGCAAGAUCCGAAGAGUGCGGUGCGACGAGCAAAAGCCGUCGUGCAAUCGCUGCCUCUCGACUGGCCGAAAGUGCGAUGGAUAUGCAAACAACAUCAGCACUGAGUUGCCAUCCCCUCCAGCUUCAGCCAACCCCUCGUCCUCUGAGACCCGGUUACCCAGACGAAACGCUACUAUUCCCAUGACCUUGGUAUUGCCAUUGCCAAGGAGAAAUGACCAGGAACUCCGCAGCUACCGCUUCUUCCUGGAUGUUACAGCCUCCGAGUUUGCCGGCGUUUUUGAUGCCGACUUUUGGCUGACAGAUAUACCACGCACUUGUCACUCAGAUCCAGCGAUCUGGCACGCCGUGGUGAGUCUUGGAGCGGCGCACCAAGGUUAUCUUGCAAGCCGGGGCUCUGCUCGUGCGGAGUCAACCUCGCCAUUUGCAGUGUACCAGUAUAACCAGGCUGUCAAGCACCUUGUCCAUCUGCCAUCUUCACGGACUAUUCCCGAAGAGAGAUUGAGGGCGCUGAUUGCGAGUGUGCUGUUUACCUACCUAUGCAGCAUCCAAGGUCUACACUCUCAGUCUGGAGUCCAUCUUGCAGCGGCAAAGAGUCUGUUGAGAGAACUGCAAACCUCUAACCCAAGCCAAUCCAAGUUGGACGCAACCCAAGUAAACCAAUCUAAAGUGCCUGAAUACCUGACAGCCAGCUCAGUGUCGUAUAAAGCCGUCCUGUCUAUCAUUGCCAGCCUUGAACUCCAGUCCCAAGCUCUCAACAACCGCAACGCAAACGAAACACCUGAGAUUCUCAGGGACGUUGACGCGUAUACCGCCUGGCGAUACUAUACGGCACCGAACCCGACCGAGUCUUCAAGGAUCUGCCAACAUAGCAGAUGUGUGCCGUCUCGAGCGACACCGGAAAACAUUGCGCGUGCUGGAAGAGCGUUCCAAUCGUUGCUCGAUGCGCUGAUUCUCUUAUCACAGCGCAUCCGACCAGACAAAGCUGGGAGUCUUCGGAGUGCUGAUAAAGCGAUGGAGAAUCCCAUCAGCCAACAGCAACCCUAUACUCGAGCCUUUCACGAGUUGGAUACGGCUCUCAAUAUGUUUGUUUCAGACAGUUCGGGCAACUGUCUGUGCUUUGGGCCGCCAGACCAACUCUCAUCCUCGACGCAACACCGAAAUAAGGCGAUAGACUCCCUCCGAGUCUUUCGAGCAGUAUGCCACCCAUUGUUAGACUACCUCAUGGGUGACUCGGAUGCCAACCUCAAAGCACACGCCAUCCAGCUGCUGGACAUGGCCGAGUCCGUGCUUGGGAACGAGGCCAGGUACGAAAGAUCUGACGCAACAGAAUUCAUCCCAUCACUAUCAAUCACGCAGCCAGUCUUUGUGGUAGCUGCUACUGGCCCGACUCUGGCGUUGCGGCGCCGUGCCAUGGCGCUACUGCGGCAGUAUCCUCGGCGCGAAGGCCUUUGGGAUAGCUUAUUCACCGCCGCUUUCUUGGAGGCGUGUCUUGAGCACGAGAUUGAGCUUUUUCGGGGAGGGUCAAUGGCUGGUCAAGCCGGGCUUGACGAGGUAGAAGCCAUUCCCGCAAGCUGUCAAGUGCGCUGGGCCGUUUUCAGGUUCACGGGGGCACACACGGCGCGUGUGAAGAUGCAGACUUUGGCGGAAUGGCUUGAUGAUGAGCCUGGGCGAGAAGUGCCAUUGGUGUGGUGA